ACAUCUCACCCCACCCACCAAUCCUCCAAUCACAAAUUUACACUCUCAAGUCUCAACAAACUCUCUCUCUCUCUCUCUCACAAAGUUCACUUUUUUCCUUCAAAAAUGGAGUUGGGUUUAGUCACAAAAGACACAACCUGGUGGGUUUUCACACUACCAGCUUUCCUUGGCUCCAAAACCCUUCUUGAUGGGUAUGUUUUGGUUGCGACCCUUAUGGCCUUUGUGUCUCUCUCUCUUCUCACUUGGGCUUUUGCCAGUGGUGGAAUUGCAUGGAAAAAUGGUAGGAACCAAAAAGGUCCAGUUCCAAUCUCUGGGCCUAGAGGCUUACCUUUAUUCGGUAGCCUAUUCACUCUAAGCCGUGGCUUAGCUCACCGUUCCUUGGCCGCCAUGGCUUGGAGCAGAGCCACUACCACUCAGCUCAUGGCUUUUAGCCUCGGCUCCACUCCAGUUGUUGUGGCUUCAGACCCUUUCACUGCCAAAGAAAUCUUAACCUCUCCCAACUUCGCUGACAGACCCAUCAAACAGUCGGCUAAGAGCCUCAUGUUUAGCCGAGCCAUCGGCUUCGCUCCAAACGGCACUUACUGGCGCCUCUUGAGAAAAAUCGCUUCCUCACACCUCUUCGCACCCCGGCGAAUCUUAGCCCACGAACCUAAACGCCAGCUAGAGUGCGCCGCCAUGUUGAGCAACAUAGGAACCGAGCAGAAACUCAGCGGCACCGUUUUGCUGCGUAAGCACCUCCAAGCCGCCUCGUUGAACAACAUCAUGGGAAGCGUGUUCGGCAAGAGAUACGACACGGAAACGGCGCAAGAUAGCAAAGAACUGGACGAGCUCAAAGACAUGGUUCAGGAAGGGUUUGAGCUUUUGGGUGCUUUCAACUGGUCUGAUUACCUUCCAUGGCUGAGUUAUUUCUAUGACCCAUUUCGUAUAAAGGAACGCUGUUCUAAACUCGUUCCCCGAGUCAGGAAACUCGUCCGAGACAUCAUUAAGGAACACCGCGCCGCUGGGCCUAGAAGUCUCUCCGAUAACGCUGAUUUCGUUGAUGUUUUGCUCUCUUUGGAUGGUGAAGAGAAGCUUCAAGAGGAUGACAUGGUUGCUGUAUUAUGGGAAAUGAUAUUUAGAGGGACUGACACAACGGCGUUGUUAACUGAGUGGGUAAUGGCCGAGUUGAUAUUACACCCAGAAGUGCAAGAAAAGCUUUAUAAGGAGAUUGACAACGCGGUGGGGAAUAAAGCGGUGACAGAUGCUGACGUGGCGGGACUACCAUAUUUACAAUCCGUGGUGAAAGAGACUCUCCGGGUUCACCCACCCGGCCCAUUGCUCUCAUGGGCCCGAUUGUCCACGUCGGAUGUCCAGCUCAGCAACGGGAUGCUGAUUCCCGCCAAAACAACGGCGAUGGUGAACAUGUGGGCCAUCACGCAUGACCCGAAAGUGUGGGAGGACCCACUUGAGUUCAAGCCCGAGAGGUUUAUGGAGGCUGACGUGGACGUGAGGGGCUGUGAUCUGAGGCUUGCACCCUUUGGAGCUGGCCGUAGGGUUUGCCCAGGCAAGAACCUUGGGUUAGUCACUGUGAACCUUUGGGUGGCUAAGCUGGUCCAAGGUUUCACUUGGGUUCAAGAUGGGUCCAACCCAGUUGAUCUCAGUGAGGUUCUGAAACUGUCUUGUGAGAUGAAGUACCCUCUACAUGCUAUUGCUGUGCCAAGGACUAGUAGUAAUAUUUCUAUCUAGGUUUUUUUCUUUUAGGGUAUGAUGUAUAAUUAGUAUUAUUAACUGCUGACUCUGGGUUUGAUUAGCCAGUAUUAAGAGUAAUCCUUAAUAGACUAUGGUUCAGUUAUCAAACCUGUUUGAUAUGUGCUUGAUGAAUAAUUUUAUAUUAGAUAAUAUUUCAGUUUUGUUUUUUU